GCGAUAUAAGCACGACGGCAACGGCAAUGUGCGCGCAACUACCGGUGUUUCGAAUCCAACGACGCGUAGUCAUUUUAGAGGACGUCCGGAUUGCCGUCCCGCUUAAUUAGUUGAUUGUUAGUUGGUUAAAAAGUGAGGGUAUAUUAAUACCGAUUGACGAGACUAUUCUGUUCCCAAAAUGACUAGCUCUGUAACUACGAAUCCAUCCACGCUUUUGCCGCUAGAAUUGGUGGACAAGUGCAUCGGCUCCCGCAUUCACAUUAUCAUGAAAAAUGAUAAAGAAAUUGUGGGUACAUUACAAGGAUUUGAUGACUUUGUGAAUAUGUUAUUGGAUGAUGUGACUGAAAGCGAAGCAACGCCCGAGGGACGCAGAGUUACAAAAUUGGAUCAGAUCCUCCUCAAUGGAAAUAACAUUACGAUGUUAGUACCUGGAGGUGAUAUGCCAGAAACAUAAUCUCACCCCCUGUGAUUUCAUGUAUAAUACUUUUGACAUUUACUGCUAUGUGAUUGUAAAAAUUUAUUCAAAUAACAAUGAUUUUCUUUUGUAAACA